GAGUUUCGAUUUGCUUCAGAACGAAAGUUGUAAGAGAAGAUACCGGAACCGAGUUUGUAUUAGAGUGACGGAGAGAGGAGAUAUCAUCGUUUAUCGUCCGAGGCCAAGGGUAGUAGUGGAGCAGUGUCUAACGCCGGGAAUUGGCCAUGGAGGAACUUCAGAUAUCUCCGGCCAAUCCAGCAGGGAGUCCCGGGAAGGAGCAGCAAGCGGCAGGAGUGGGCAUCCUCCUCCAGAUCAUGAUGCUUGUGUUAUCCUUCGUCCUCGGCCACGUUCUGCGGCGCCACAAAUUCUAUUAUCUUCCCGAAGCCAGCGCUUCUCUUUUGAUAGGUUUGAUUGUUGGCGGGCUCGCUAACAUUUCAAACACAGAAACAAGCAUCAGGGCUUGGUUCAACUUCCACGAAGAAUUUUUCUUCCUCUUCUUGUUACCUCCAAUCAUAUUUCAGUCUGGUUUCAGUUUAUCACCUAAACCGUUCUUUUCAAAUUUUGGAGCUAUCGUAACAUUUGCAAUACUUGGGACGUUUAUCGCCUCGAUGGUCACGGGGAUUUUGGUUUACCUUGGAGGAGUGAUGUUCCUCAUGUACAGACUGCCAUUUGUUGAGUGUCUGAUGUUUGGUGCUUUAAUUUCAGCAACAGAUCCUGUCACUGUGUUAUCCAUCUUUCAGGAACUUGGCACAGACAUGAACCUUUAUGCGUUGGUAUUUGGAGAAUCUGUUUUAAAUGAUGCAAUGGCAAUUUCCUUGUACAGAACGAUGUCGUCUGUAUCUUCCAGGCAGAACUUUUUUCUGGUCAUCCUUAGGUUUCUUGAGACUUUUGUUGGCUCGAUGUCGUCAGGGGUUGGAGUUGGAUUCACUUCUGCAUUGCUUUUUAAGUAUGCUGGUUUGGAUCUUGACAAUCUUCAGAACUUGGAGUGCUGCUUGUUUGUUCUGUUUCCUUAUUUCUCGUACAUGCUAGCAGAGGGUCUUGGACUUUCUGGUAUUGUCUCAAUCUUGUUCACUGGAAUUCUUAUGAAGCAUUACACAUUUUCAAAUUUGUCAGAAAACUCUCAACGAUUUGUUGCUGCUUUUUUCCAUUUGAUAUCUUCAUUAGCAGAAACAUUUGUGUUUAUAUACAUGGGCUUUGAUAUAGCCAUGGAACAACAUAGCUGGUCACAUGUUGGAUUCAUCUUCUUCUCAAUUAUAUUUAUUGGAGUUGCAAGGGCUGCCAAUGUGUUUUCUUGUGCAUACUUAGUCAACUUAGUUCGACCUGCAAAUCGGCAAAUACCUUUGAAACAUCAGAAAGCACUUUGGUAUAGUGGACUUCGAGGAGCUAUGGCUUUUGCCCUUGCUCUGCAGUCUGUUCACGAUCUUCCAGAAGGACAUGGGCAGACAAUAUUCACUGCAACCACUGCCAUAGUCGUUUUGACGGUCCUAUUGAUUGGAGGGUCAACGGGGACUAUGUUGGAAGCUUUACAAGUUGUAGGUGAUGGUCAUGAUGGCCCCUCAAAUGAAAGCUUCGAAGGGAACAAUGGAUAUGUUGCUCCUCCUUUUGACGAGGGUGCUUCGUCUGGUAACAGAUUAAAGAUGAGACUUAAAGAGCUCCACAAGAGCACGGCGUCUUUCACUGCACUGGAUAGGAAUUUUCUCACACCCUUCUUUACAACACAAAACGGAGAUGAAGAAGAAGAUCAUGAUGACCCGGCACCCAAUCCUAGAAGAGAAGGGGUGUUCCAUGUACGUAGGUAAAUUGUGGUGGUCAAAUGAUCUAGCUGUGUUUAAACAUCUGGGUGUCCACUCCAUGGAGUACUUGCAGUCUGGCUGGAUCAAUGGAUUAGAAGUAUGCUGAUUGGGAUGCCUUGCUAUGUAUACAAAUUUCCCUUGUACCGUCAUAAUUAUCCGGAAGGAAAAUGAAUUGCUUGCAGCA